CUUCUGGUGCACGGGAAACAUGUCCACCACUAAAAGCUGGAACAGCUCGUCAGUGACCAUGUUCAUCUUCCUGGGAUUUGCAGACCACCCGGAACUCCAGGCCCCCCUCUUUGUGAUCUUCCUGGGCAUCUAUCUCGUGACUUUGACCUGGAAUCUGGCCCUCAUUUUUCUGAUCAGAGGCGACAUCCGUCUAUACACACCGAUGUACUUCUUCCUCAGCAACCUGUCCUUCAUCGACAUUUGCUACUCUUCCGCCGUGGCUCCCAAGAUGCUCACCGACUUCUUCCGGGAACAGAAGACCAUAUCAUUCUUCGGCUGUGCUGCUCAGUUUUUUUUCUUUGUUGGCAUGGGUCUAACUGAAUGCUUCCUCCUGACUGCUAUGGCAUACGACCGAUACGCAGCCAUCUCCAGCCCCCUGCUCUACACUGCGGUCAUGUCCCAGGGCCUCUGUACACGCAUGGUGGUUGGGGCCUAUGUCGGUGGCUUCCUGAGCUCCCUGGUCCAGGCCAGCUCCAUCUUUCAGCUCCACUUCUGUGGACCCAAUGUCAUCAACCAUUUCUUCUGUGACCUCCCACCAGUCCUGGCACUUUCUUGCUCUGACACCUUCCUCAGUCAGGUGGUGAGUUUCCUUGUGGUGGUCUCUGUUGGGGGCACAUCAUUCCUCAUCCUCCUCAUCUCCUACUGUUACAUAGUGGCUGCCGUCUUGAAGAUUCACUCAGUGGAAGGCCGAAGGAAAGCCUUCAACACGUGUGCCUCACAUCUGAUGGUGGUGACUCUCUUGUUUGGAACAGCUCUUUUCAUGUACCUAAGACCCAGCUCCAGCUACUCACUUGGCAGAGACAAGGUGGUCUCUGUGUUCUAUUCACUGGUGAUCCCCAUGCUGAACCCGCUCAUUUACAGUUUGAGGAACAAAGAGAUCAAAGAUGCCCUGUGGAAGGUGUUGGAGAAAAAGAAAGUGUUUUCCUAGCUCGUGACUGAAAACAUAUUUCUCCAAACUCCUGGAGGCUUCAAUGAACCAAGGCAUUUACCUCCACCUCUGG